AUGUCUACAUUUUCGAACACAAACACAGGCAGCAAGCCGGCUGACCCAUAUACCGCCACCAACAAAGAAGGCGACCUCCCUGUCAGCGAGAAAAUCGAAACUCUCGACAAGUUCGUCAACUCAUGCAAAUAUGGUAUGAUGACCACGCGGGACGGUACCACUGGAAAGCUCGUAUCUCGAUGCAUGGCACUGGCUGCAAAGGAGAAUGGGGGUGCCGACCAACUCUUCUUCACCAACACAGAAUCGAAGAAGACAGACGAGCUAGAGACAGAUCCCCACGUCAACGUGUCCUUCUUAGAUAGUUCCGGUCAGUGGGCUUCUAUCUCGGGGACAACAUCCAUCGAGACAGACCGUAGCCUUAUCAAGAAGUACUAUAAACCAACAUUAAAGGCAUGGAUGGGUGAUUUGGGAGAUGGAAUUCAUGACGGGUCAGAGAAUGACCCUCGUAUUGGCAUCAUACGGGUCAAGAUCACGACAGCUACAUACUCCGUAAGCGAUAAGACCUUUGUUGGUUUCGCAGCGGAGGUUGCAAAGGGGACCGUAACGGGCCAGACAGCGAAUGUCAACAAGCUUCGUGAGAUUAGCGAGAGCGAGAUCCAGUCUUGGAGGGUGUCUCAUUAA